AUGCGUUUGAACUUUGGAAUAGCUUGUCUAUUAGCGGCAAUUGCACCAAGUCAGGUUCAAGCCGCUGAUACAACUGUGUACCGUGACUCAACUACCGGCUUCAUAUUUGCACAGCGCUUGGCAGCGUACAAGCUUGGUGGUACCAUCACAUUCCGCAUCGCAGUCCCAAGUAAUGCCAGCUCGGGCUCAUCCUACGAUGCUGUUAUCCAGGUUGUUGCUCCUAACGAAGUAGGAUGGGCUGGCCUUGCAUGGGGAGGAAGUAUGGUCAACAACCCAUUGACGUUGUCAUGGCAAAACGGACAAAACGUAGUGCUAUCGUCCCGUUACACAACAUCUCGUAGCUCACCACCAACCUACACCAAAGCAACUUAUACGACCCUGAAAGCAGGCACUAAAGUUAACUCAACACACUACCAAUACACCGCGAAAUGCACCGGGUGCACUUACUUCACGGGCGCCAGCAAUGCUCAGAAGAGUCUCAACCCAGCUGGCGGAAAUCAACUCGCCUUCGCUUUCGCCUUUGCGAAGCCUUCCUCUCCAUCAUCGAAUACAUCAGCCAUUCCUGUUCAUGAUGUUCAUAGUUAUUGGGUUCAUGACUUUGCUCAGGGCGCGAAUGCUAAUUUCGCUGAGUUGGUAACGAAGAAUGCGUAG